AUGGCCGACAAGAAAGCAUCCUCCGGCAAGACCAUUGUCUUCCUGCACCCCGACCUGGGCAUUGGCGGCGCCGAACGCCUAGUCGUUGACGCUGCCGUGGGCCUGCAGAAUCGCGGCCACAAGGUCGUAGUCUUCACGAGCCACUGCGAUCCGAGUCACUGCUUUGAUGAAGCUCGCGAUGGAACCCUCGAUGUUCGAGUCCGCGGCAAUACCAUCAUUCCAUCCUCCAUCCUGUCUCGCUUCAGCAUCCUUUGCGCCAUACUGCGACAACUGCACCUUAUGGUCCAGAUUCACUUCAACUCGGAGCUAAAGGACCUCUCCCCCGAUGCCUUCUUCAUCGAUCAGCUCAGCGCCGGCCUCCCGCUGCUCCAGUACCUCUACCCCCGCGGUCGCAUCUUCUUCUACUGCCACUUUCCCGAUCUCCUCCUCGCCCAGGGCCGCCAGAAAUGGUGGAAGCGCAUCUACCGCAUCCCCUUUGACUGGCUCGAGCAGUGGAGCAUGAGCUUUGCCGACGCCAUUGCCGUCAACUCAAACUUUACAAAGGGCGUCGUCAGUCGCACCUGGCCCGGCCUGGCCAAGAAGCGCGACCUCAAGACCGUCUACCCGUGCGUCGACACCAAGACCAACAAGAGCCCCGAGGUCGAACAGGGCAAGCCGCUGUGGAACGGCAAAAAGUUCUUGCUCAGCAUCAACCGCUUUGAGCGCAAAAAGGACGUGGCCUUGGCCAUCAAGGCCUAUGCCGGACUGACCCCACAGGCCCGACAGGGCGUCCGCCUCGUCGUUGCUGGUGGGUACGACAGCAGGGUGGCCGAGAACGUGGGCUACCACAAUGAGUUGGUUGAGCUCGCCAACUCUCUCGGCCUGAGCAACGUGACUGCCAAGACCAUCGUAGGUGCCCUGGAGGUGCCCGAUGAUGUCCAGGUCCUGUUCCUCCUGUCGGUGCCAAAUCUGCUCAAGGAGAUGCUUCUGAACUCUACACAGCUUCUAGUAUACACACCCGCCAAUGAACACUUUGGCAUCGUCCCCCUGGAAGCGAUGCUGGCAGGUGUCCCCGUCUUGGCCGCGGAUACCGGAGGUCCCACCGAGACGGUGCUCGAGGGCGAGACGGGCUGGCUCAGAUCACCUAGCAAGGUGGAGGCGUGGACCGAGGUCAUGGACCGAGUUCUUCACCAACUGUCCAAUGGCGAGCUCGACAAGAUGCGUCAGACGGGCAUCUCCCGCGUCCGAGAUAAUUUUGGAGACGUGCAGAUGGCGGAGCGCAUUGAUGGCAUCUGCGAUGAGAUUUUGCAGCAACAGACCAAGCCGGGCUCGUACGCUCCGGUCCUCUUUGUAAUAGCCCUUCUCGGUGGUCUCGUAGGCGCCGCUGUAGCCGUGGCUGUAAAUUUGUAA